GGGGUGGAGCCCAAAAUAGGAUAUGCUUGGCAGCACCUGAAAGCUGACUGCUUUCAGCCCAAAAUCAACCACAUUCACAAAGCUGUUCCACCUUUAAUGGAGGCGCACCGAGCCCAGCUCGCCGGUGGAGCAGCAAACAUGCCAGCUCCUCCUACGGGCCUGGACCCCUCCCUGGAGAUGAUCCACAGCCGGUUACAGAGGGACCCCCGCGGGAGCCGAUCUGACCCGCAAAUGGAUCACUUGAGGCGGGAGAGAGAGUACCGGCUUGGCCGACAGACCUCCAGCGAGCAGGAGAUCCAGGCACGACUUAACGAGCUCCCGCUAAUUGUAAGGCAGGAACGCUACCGUCGAAGAAUGGAGAGACAGUCAUCUAGUGAGCAGGAGGGCAGCGGUAGGCAGAGAGUACAGAAACAUGACUCCAGUGAUGCAGAAUCUGGGAAAGAGCCAUCUGACAAGAGACCAUCUGGGGAGAAGCGUUCCACUAUGGCUGAGAUUGUUGAGCAAGCACAGGAGAAAGAAGCUUGUCAUGCGAGGGGAGAUGUGUACAGACCCCCCAGCAGCCUCUCUGCACCAGUGAGCCGUCUGGAUCGCCCUCGAGCUCGAGACCGCCCCAAACCACGACGAAGACCUCGUCCAAAGAGCCUGAGGAAGCCACGGAGGUCCCGUUCUGCGCCGGCUCAGAGCGUCCCAUCCACACCUCAGCCUCCUACCCACACCGUUCAACAUGAGGGCUUCCUGUACAGGAAACACGAAGAGGAGGGGAAAGAGAGAAGCCCAAAUAGCAAGUCGUGGGUAAAUCUGUUCUGCGUGCUCAACAAGGGGAGAUCGGUUUAUACAAGGAUUCCCGACACAAAACAACACCCUACAACGAUGAGCCACUUCUCAACUUGGCCAUCUGCGAAUUUGACACUACCAACGGAUAUAAAAAGAAGAAGAAUGUCUUCAUUCUCAGGACCACUGCUGAAGGGGACUACAUCUUCCUGGCUAAGGAUGAGGAGGAUCUGAAAGGUUGGGUCAACAGCAUCAACACUAGCCUGAAGGAGAUCGAAGAAAUCGCCAAGUGGGAGAAAGCCACAAACUCCUCCACCGACCCCGACAAAUCAGAGCGGAAGGAGCGUUCUGAAGGGGCGGAGCCAUCUGAGGGGGCGGAGAGAUCAGAGAGGUCAGAGAAGUCAGAGCGUUCAGACCGAUCGGAUAAAAUAGAGGCAUCGGACAAAAGCUCAGAAAAGAGGGACACAUCCGAGAAGGAGAGAGGAGAUAGAGCUGAAAGAGGAGAGAGGGGCGAACGAGGAGACCGGGGUUCCAGGGGUUCCAGCACUUCGGGAAAAAGCAAAUGACUCAUCUCUCCACACCUUUAUUUACACAUCCAUCCCUCCAUCUUUCCAGAGAGAAGACAGGACUUGAAUUUCUCUGUCUCUGUCGCUCUGUUUGUCCUGACAGCCUGACUUCAGGACCGACGUAUUUGAUGUCCCUUGAAUGUGUCGAUGUACGUCUGUGUGCGUGUGCCAAUGUGUUGAAGAGAUUGUCUGUGAAAGAAUACAAAAUGAACAGUAUAAGGCCGUAUCCCAGCAUCAGAGGGCCAGUUCAGCUGCCCUGCUCGACUCUCACAGAAAAGGCACUUUAGAUUAUUGAGGAUGACUAUAGCCCUUAAUAUUUUAGAAGCGUUUUCUCGAAGCAAUAUACUGUAUGUAGUAACCAAUCCCGCUCGUUUUAGCUGCUCUGCUCUUCCAAGUGAGUGCGAGAGAGAGAGAGAGAGAGAGAGAGAGAAAGUGACAGAGAAGUCUUUCAGAGAGAAAUCUGGUGCGGUAGUUGGGAAGUAGUAGUUCCUCCUGAUCGACAUCCUUGCACAGCCCCACACAAGCAUACGCACACGCACUGUGCAUCAUGGGAAAAUGUUUGGUAUGGAGCACCAUUCUCUCACCCGAGGCCGUACAUGUCUUCCACCUGCUGCUUGUAGUAAUGGUUUUAAUCAUGCGAGAUGUUUCACAAGUACUGUGGUCAGUCCAAAUUACACUCGAUGAAGAGUCUCGAUCACAAAAUGUGAAUAUAAUGUGGCAGUGUGUGUGUGUGUGUGUGUGUGUGUGUGUGUUUGUGUGUGUAUGUGUGUGUGAAUACAGCUCCAUCCAGAAGGAGAUCAAUGUACUAUGUAUAAUCUCAUUGAUCGUAUUUAUUAGGUUAUCACGAUACAAAUUUAAAAUGUGAGAUUAUUAUUCCCUGAGCUAAAAUGAAGUACGAUCAAACACCUCCGUACGUGUACAAAUAUGCUGCUUUUUAUCAUCUCUGCCCCCUUACAUCACUCUUUGAUUGUAAAAUGAUUAGUACACAUUAAAAAUAGGGUGUCUGUGACUUUGUCAUGCUAUAAAGAAAAAGACUGUAUAUAUAUAUUUGUAUAUAUACUACUAAACGAGAUUUACUUCUAUGAGCUGCAGCGUCUAAUUACAAAAAAAUAUCAUUUUUAUCAAUGUAUGAAAAUGUAACAAGUAAAAAAAAAAAAGAAAAAAAAAAAAAGAAAAAAGAGUUGUUUAAAAUGCCCCUGGCUGAAUUCAGACAGUAAACAUGUGCGUUAACCACAUUUUCCGGGAUCUCUUGUAUACGGAAAUGCAACUUUUACUGUUUACAGUUUUAUUUUGGCCAGGGCAAAAGAUCAGGAUCCUUGUAAAAAGAAAUCACCAUUAAAACCCUCAUCAGAGACUGUUUUGUGUUUAGUUUAAAGAAAACUGUCUCUUGACAGCUGUUGCAAUUCCUGUGACAAAGACAAUGAUUUUCCCCUUAAAAUAAAUAGGUGCAAAUUAUAUUUACACAGAUGUGAUACAAAUAAAAAUAUCAGAGUAAACCAGAAUCAUUCAUUUAAAAGAAAAACUCAGUUUCUCUUUUUAAAGUUUUU